GAAUGUUACAUUAGCCUGCUUUAUUUUAAGAAGAGAAAGAAGCACAUUGUCAAAAACACACUGUUUCCUGUGAACUGCUUUGUGGUUAAGCAGAGAAUGAUGAGAGUCAGAGAAACAGAGAUAACUAUGGGGGUAAAAAAUGAGUCUACCAUCCAGGAGUUCAUUCUGGAGGUGUUUCCUGCCAUCCAGCACCUGGGGAACCUCCUCUUCCUGGUGCAUCUGCUGGCAUACCUGGCCUCUAUCGUGGGAAACAUGGUCAUAAUCAUCAUCACCUGGGCUGACCAUCGCCUCCAGACGCCAAUGUAUGUUUUACUGAGCGCUUUCUCCUUCUGUGAAUGCUGUUUCAUCACCACAGUUAUUCCCAAACUGCUGUCCAUCUUCCUUUCAGGAAGGCAAACAAUUCCCUUUACUGCUUGUUUCACACAAACCUUUUUCUUUUUAUUUCUUGGUGCAGUGAUUUUCUUUCUCAUGGCUGUGAUGUCGUUGGAUCGAUACCUGGCCAUUUGCAAGCCUCUGCACUAUGCAUCCAUCAUGAACCUGAGGAUUAGUUUCCUUCUGAUAUUCUUGUGCUAUUCCUUGUCCUUCAUCUUCUUCACUGGUCUGAUGCUCAGAGUUUCCCAGUUAUCAUUCUGUGGCCCCAACAUCAUCUCUCAUUUCUUCUGUGACCUUGGCUCCUUAAUUCAUCUCUCCUGCUCUGACACCAGAUCUGUUGAAAUGUAUUUCUUCUUCCUUACUUCAUUUGUCAUUCUACUACCCCUCAUCAUAACCAUCAUUGCAUACAGCAACAUCGUAGUCACAAUUCUGCGACUGCCAUCAGCCAAGGAGCGACAGAAAGCUUUCUCCACCUGCUCCUCUCACCUCAUUGUCCUCUCUCUGAUGUACGGCAGCUGUGUGUUUAUUUACCUGAAACCAAAGCAGGUGAACAGGCUGGACUCCAACAGGGAGGCUGCCCUUGUGAACACGGUGGUGACCCCGCUGCUGAACCCUGUCAUCUACACUCUGAGGAACAAGCAGGUCCACCAGGCUCUGAGGGACACACUGUCUAGGGUGAGGUUGCAGAAAUAG